UAAGGUUGCGUUGUGUACACCAGUAGUUAAGAAAUCAAUUAUAUUUUAAAGUUCAAUAAGAAAUUUUAUUCUUUGAAAUUCACAAUAUAAAGUUGCUAAAAAUUUUUUAAAAAUUUUGCGUUGUCGAAAUCGAAAAAUGACUUUUGAUAUCUUUAAUUUGCUUAUGGUCGCAUUUAUUAUUUCAGAUCAACAAUACUUCAUUGAAUCUACUGCGACAAAUUACAAAUGUUUAAAUAGUCCUGCACAUUACAAUAUUGAAAAUGGUAACGUUGUAGUAGCAUUUGAUCAUAAUUCUGAAGUAUAUUUAAGAUACACAUGUAAUAAAAAUUAUAAAUUAAAUGGACCAUCGUGGUCACGCUGCGUUGAUGGAAAAUGGACAAAUCCUCCUCCUGUAUGUAAACCAAACUGUAAUCAAUUGAAACUGAAAAAUGCACGAGUUACAAUAAACGAAGGGAGCAACAUUGCAAUAGUAAAUUGCAAUCAAAAUUAUUCAAAACAAGGAUAUUCAGAUAUUUACUGCAGAAAUGGAAUAUGGCAGAAUCAUUAUUCUAUUCGUUGUACUCAUAACAAUUGUUUAAAUGAUCCUUUGUAUUAUAAUCUUCAAAAUGGAACUGUUACUCCCGCUUUUACAUUCACGCCUGAUGUAAAGUUAGAAUAUAGUUGCGUAAAUGAUAAUUAUGAGUUAAUAGGAUUUAAGUGGUCAACAUGUUUUGAUGGAAAAUGGUCAAAUCCACCUCCUGUAUGCAAAUUAAAAGCAAUAGACAAUGCAUCUUCUGUACAACAAAAUUUAAGAGCUUCACGGUGUCCGCCAUUAAAAAUUAAAAAUGGACAAGUUACAGUUAGUAAAAAUGGCUACAUUGCAACUGUACAAUGUAAUUUAAAUUAUUCUAAUGACGAAGAAUCAGUUAUUUUUUGCAGUAAUGGAUAUUGGAUGAAUUCACCUCACCAUCGUUGUAUUCAUAAUGAUUGCCAAUAUAGUUAUCGUAAUACUCCUUUGCAUUUUAAUCUUGAUAAUGGAAAUGUUUAUCCCACUCAUGAAAUUACUUCUGAUGUAGAAUUAGAAUAUAGAUGCAAAAAGAAUUAUGAGUUAAAAGGAUUUAGAUGGUCAUUCUGCACUGAUGGAAAAUGGUCAAAUCCUCCUCCUGUAUGUGAAGUAAAUAAUUCUGAAUAUGAAGAUCUUGAGUAAUAAUGGUACUUAAAUUUUAUGAUAAAUUUAAAAAAUUUCUAAUUUUUUUACAUUUAAUUAUAAUGACUAAUUUUAUUGGAAAUUUAUUGUAGAAUUUGUAGUUUAAUAUACUCUGUUAUCAAAUAUUUGUACAAGUGUAAAAAAUAAAAAUUUCAUAUUAUAA